UGUGAGUCUGGUUGGUACAACUCCGUCUGAGUGAGUGUUCGUGUGUGUGUGUGCGGGGAGGGAGGACAUUAUCAGACAUUUUAAAAUACAUGUGUUGGCCCCAGAACAGCCAUGACUGUCAGUAACAGUUAUUAGCACAGGGAGGACACCGACAGAGAUGCGGUUCAAACGGUCACUGUGAGUGGACAUCACGGGCAGCUCUCCUCUCCUCCACUUCCAGACUGAGUCUCCAGUACGUGGAGACACGGUUCAGAGUGGACUGUCCACGGGGAACAUAAUGGCGUGUAGAAACAGCAGCAGAAAGAUGUUAUCUAGUUAACAGUUAAUGUUUUAAAAAGGUUUUUUUCGGUUCAGACACACAGGUGACCGCAUGCUAAUGCCGCUAAUAUUGUAGAUUACAGGCGGUGUGUACGUAGCCAGUUAGCUUUAGCCUCAUCAGUCUAGUGUGAGGGCCUGAGCUGUUUCUGCCUCCUCAUACCUUCGCUCUCGUCAAAUUCAAGGGCCAUGGAUUUCCCAGGCCACUUUGAGCAGCUCUUCCAGCAGUUAAACUAUCAGCGUGUCCAUGGUCAGCUAUGUGAUUGUGUCAUCAUGGUCGGGAGCCGACACUUUAAAGCCCACCGCUCAGUGCUGGCAGCGUGCAGCACUCACUUCAGAGCCCUGUUCACUGUAGCAGAGGGAGAUGCAAGCAUGAAUAUGAUCCAGCUGGACAGCGAGGUGGUGACAGCUGAAGCUUUUGCUGCUCUAGUGGACAUGAUGUACACAUCAACACUGAUGCUGGGUGAGAGCAACGUCAUGGAUAUCCUCCUCGCAGCCUCACACCUGCACCUCAACAAUGUAGUCAAAGCCUGCAAACACUACCUGACCACACGGACACUCAUGUCUCCCUCAUCUGACAGACCGACACAUCACCACCCACAGCAGGACCAACAGAGGCGCAGACAGCAACAGCAGCAGCAGCAGCAGCAAGUAGCAGAUUUAGCUGUGAAUCCUACUGUUGCAGCUAAUGCUAAGCUUGCAGCAAAUGCAGCCACAUCAAAGUUGCAGCGCUCCUUUCUGUUGCAGCAGCUGGGUCUCAGCUUGGUUAGCUCUGCUUUGGGUGGGAUGGAGGAGGACGGGAUGGGAAAUAUGGUUGGCAAUAGAGAGGUGGGACAGAGAGCCUCUUUCCCUAUCCGACGCUUCCACAAACGCAAACCCUCUCUUGCCAUGAACCUGCCAGAAGAGAGACCUAGGCAGAGGCAGCGUCCCUCAGGUCCUAACCUGGGGUUGUUAGGAGAUGAAGGGGUGAACGCAGAGCGAGAGGAUGGAGCUCUUCUGUCCCCCGACUCCCAUAAGAUGGGCGACGAUUCAAAAUUGGAUGCUGCGAUCACGGGCCUGGUAGGUGUUUCCCAAGAUGAUCCUCAGAUGCCUAGCCAGUCAGACAGUGGACGCUGUGAGGGGGAGGCCUUGGGGAAAAGGCAGGGAGUGAGUAAAGAGGAGGACAUCGAUGAGCAGGAACACCAGGACAACAGAUCAGGUGUGAAGAUUAAACAGGGUACAGACGAAGAGGAGGCUGAGGAACAAGAGCAGAAGGUGGUGGUGAAACGAGAGCCGCUAAGCUCACCUGAGCCACAAGAUGAAAUCAGCGAUGUGACAUCACAGGCUGAGGGCAGUGAUCCCGCUGAACCUGGAGGCCAGGAGGAGGAGGAGAAGGUGGAGCCGAGCCCAGAGAGCAGUGACCGCAGCUUCACCUCUGAACCUCAACCCAGCUCAGACUCUCUGCUGCAGCCCAGCUCCCAGCUUCUCAUCAAAAGCACCAUGGGAGGAGGAGCUGGAGUCGGAGGCAGGUUUGGAUGCAGUAACGGAUUAAACGGCAACCCUGGUUUUAGUAUUUCUAGCUUCCUUAGCCCAAAGAAUUUUGGAAGUUCCGGGUCAGGACUGGUGACAGGAGAAGAUGACCUGCCCAACACGACAACUGGGGAUGCAGUAGCGCAUCACUUCUUGCUGAGACAGGAAGCAGCUGGGCCAUCUGGCACUACUUCUUCUCUUUUGCAGUCCGGUCCACUCAGCAGUGAGAGUCGCAGUGGAUUUGGAGAUAAUUUAUCACCUGAUUCUCUGUUCCUUCGCCCCCUGCAUGACAGUUUGGGGAAUCCCAGAGGAAGUGGAGGGAAUGUGAAUGGAGAACAAGGAGGGGUUGAUCCCUUUGGUUUGGACUUCCAGCACUCCAGUCUGGGGCUUCACUCUCUGGGGCGACCUUCACGUGCGGGAGCUACCACUGCCUCCCUGGGCUAUCCGGGCUACAGACGUAUUGCUCCAAAAAUGACUAACAAUAUAGGAGGAGAAGAGGGUGUGGGUGGUGUUCUUCAGGAUUCUGCUUCGUCCUCCUCAAGUCUGGCAAGUCCCCUACUUCUCAACGAGAGUGGUGGGUAUGACAUGAACAGUGGCAGGCCCACGUCCCUCCCCCCUCAGCUGACCAGAGCUUCAGCAGAUGUCCUGUCCAAGUGUAAAAAGGCUCUGUCGGAACACAAUGUCUUGGUGGUUGAGGGAGCUCGGAAAUACGCCUGUAAAAUCUGCUGCAAAACCUUCCUCACUCUGACUGACUGCAAGAAACACAUUCGCGUCCACACAGGAGAGAAACCCUACGCAUGUCUCAAGUGUGGAAAGCGCUUCAGCCAGUCCUCCCACUUAUACAAGCAUUCCAAGACCACCUGUCUGCGCUGGCAAAACAGUAACAUGUCCAAUGCUCUACUGUAGGACUCUACAUGGCUGCAAUAAGAUGAAUACACCAGGAAUCAGAGAUGGGCUGAAUUUAAAAUUCCAACUAUAGAAGGCACACAAAGAGCGCAAACCUCUGCCAAAGCUGCUCAGUUUCCUACAGUGUCAAUAGACUCCUCUGUCACCUUUUUAAAAAAAGAAAUACAUCUUGAAUCCAGAUAGAAUCCAGUAUCUGCAUCCCUACUAAAAUCUGUAAAUUUGUUCCUAACACAUCCUACUACCCAGAAAAUAGGGUUAAAAUGCGUCCCUUACAUUUUUAGCCAUACUGCUCACAGAAGCUGCCAAAAAAACUUUCAUGGCAGAAGUAAACGUUUGUCUGAAGCUGUUACAGAGCAGCUUGAUCUGAUCAACUGCCAUGUCCAAACUAACUCUUCCUGAUCACAAUAUAAUCAUACAUUUACACUUUUCAAGGAGAAUCGUAUACUUUCAAGUUAGUAAAAGUUAUUGAGAACACUUUUUUUCUGAAGAAAGAUAAUAUAGAUGCAGGACAUUUAUAGCUAGAUAUUUAUGGACUCAUUAUAUAGUAUCAUAUAUACUCUCCUGUAGAAAUAUCAUAAUAGUAUUAUAAGGCUUCUCCAUCAGUGUCACUACAAGCACCCAUGUACUUUUUGUAACAUGACUCGGGCCAGUCUAGGCUUGGCUUUAAAACCUGCCACACUAUUGAAUGUGAUGUUUUUUUAAAAAACAAAAAAACAAAAAAAACACUUCUGUUGUUAAAUGAUGUUUAAAUAGAAAUAGUUUGCAGCACAUUUAUAGAUAAGACUUAAACUGUGUUUGUAAAUCUAAAAUCUAAAAUGUUUGGUAUGAAGUGAAAUAAUACAAACCUGAUUGUUUUAAUAACUUAAUUAGGGGAUAUUUGUGGCAUUUGCUAUUCUGGACCAUAUAUAAUGUUGUGAAUAAUUGAGUUUUUGGAACAAUUUACAGAAGUGUCAACGUCACCCUUGCAUUAUCAGCAAUAAUAUGCGUUUAGUUGGCAUUUCUGACAAUUGCCAUUUCUGUUUAAAAUUGCAAUUUAAUGCUCCCGUAAUCAGAUAAUUCUAUAAUUUAGAGAUUACAGCUUCAUGGCAGGAGGAACAGUUUCUUGUUGUUGGAUGUUUCCUUAUUGGUUACAAGCAGGGAAUGACUGCACACUUGGUGUGUGCACAGUCGGUGUCACCUGGAUCAAUCGUUUACUGGAUAUUGAGGUUCAGUCUGUGAACCCUAACCCUGUGAGGUGCUUUGGAAUUGUUAAUAUUGCACAUUUGUGGUUGGUAACAUAAUUCAUUUUUGUCUUGGAGAAGAGACAAAUCAACCCAUGAAUGAACAAUGAACUAAACACUGUGUAUACAUUUGCAACCCUACUUGAUAUCAGUGCUUUAUAUGUGUCUCUUUUUCCAGCUGCUGUUGCAUAUGUUACUAAUGGACUUGGAUACAUCAUUUUCUUUCACGAUCAGUAUUUUCUACUGGAAUGCUGAACUGUGUCUUAAUGUUGGUUUAUUGGAAUUAGCCUACUCCACCACCUGUAAAGAUUUUCUGUGUGCUACCUUUUUGUUUGAUUUAAAAGUGAUACAUUUUCACGGUUGUGUUGCUCUUUUUCGUCAGUUCAUGACACAGAAUUUCCACUUGUGUGCUAAUCUGAAGACUGCUAAACUGAGAGUCAUUUUGAAUUAUCAUGAUGGAGAAUAUUCACAAUCAGAGCUUUUUACUCAAUCGCUUAUCAAUUUUUUAUGUGGGAUAUAGCUGUUUUUUGCCUCUGUAAAUACAACUAAUGAUAUUUUACCAUAGACUGUGUGCAAAAAUGGGCAUAGUCUUCCAUUUUCAAAAUGAGCUCCCGUUGUGAAGCCAGUUUUUGAAAUUCACAGAGGUCACCUGUAAUCUGGGACCUAUUGGACGAUAGGUGCCAGCUCUCCAUCACACUGGUGUCCACUCAGUGGUUCCAGGCGUUAUUUCUAAAUGGGAGCAUAAUAUUGAUCAUGAAGACCUGAAACAGUGACCGAGACAGUAAACUCAUCAGGAAAAUGUCCACUGAUGUUAUAAGUUGUAAAAAAAAAUACAGUAUACAUACAGUUUAUUGUUACUUUUGGGUCGACCUCAUCCAGUAAAGUAUAAGACUAUGUCCACUUUUUAUAUAUGGUUUAUGUAUUGAGCAACAAUGUUUCAGUUGAUUUGCGUAACAAUGAUAUACAGAUGUGCUGAGAAGGAAACUAUUUUAGCAGCUUAUAGAAAAUAAAAUCAUAGAUAGGACUGCCUGACUUGCAGCAGGUUGUAAAUAAAAGCAGCUUCUCUCGGUAUAAAGUUGUUAAAUGUUAAUAAUGUUGUAAAGUUCUGUUUUAGUGUAGGCUAAUUCAUCUUUUUAUAAAAAGCCCUUCUGUUUACUUUAUUGGUUGAUGUAUCAUCACCUACAUCACAUGGUCAUUGCCUCACUGUACUGUCGAGUCAUUGCACUGUAAGCCUGUUCAAAAUGAGUUUUAUUUUACAUAUUGUGAUGGAUAACCUUUAUCUUAAUAGAAGAAUAAUUACCGACUUGGAUGUUUCCCCCACAAACAUUAGUUACCAUGCUAUUUUGUCAGAAAUUAGAAAACCCACAGAGGCAUUAGAUCCCAUGUCUCAAACAAUGGCCUUUUGGGAAUUAUUAUGCUGCUGUCUUCUAAAGCUGUUGAUGUGAAUCUCUCAAAAUGCACUGACUGUAUUUCCCCUGAAUGGAUAUGCCAACGUUUUUUUAUUCAUUUACUAUAAAUUGAUUUUCAAAGUCACUGCCUUAUGCCCUCUAGCUUGAAAAGCUGGGCUUUUGUUGUUAUGCCAAAUUUAAAUGUGUUUUUUUUUCUGUAUACUUAACAUAGUGUAACAUGAAAGGACUAAAUAUUGAGUACUGUUGAAGGCUAUGAAGGUUGUAUAGUAUCAAAUUGUUGUUAAGACUGAAUUAAAACAAAAUAUGAAAUUC